UCUAGAAAAAAAGGCAGGAAGUUACUCUACCCUUUCCCUGCAACACUCCUAUACUAUGCGUUCCAAUUGUCCUACUUACCCUCAUUUCCACUGCGAUUCAAUUGACCAACUUUGCCUUUUCUCUCCAUCCCUUUCCCUCUAGUUUCCACUCCAACACUCUACGAUCACUUUCAGCCACCGCCCGCUGCUUCUGUUCAGACCCGUCGUCGCAGCAGCUCCUUUUCAUAUCCAUUUCUACUCAUUGCCAGAAACAUGACAACGACAAUCGCCAAGUUUGCUCACUUACAAAUUCCACUUGAAGACGUACUAAACGCCACCAAUAACUUUCAUGAGGAUAACAUCAUUGGUCGUGGUGGAUUUGGACCAGCAUACAAAGGACAACUCCAGCGGUCCGGGAAGUUGAUAAAGAUUGCUGCAAGGAGGUUAGAUCGUACGCAUGGUGAAGGAGACGUUGAGUUCUGGACGGAAAUUUCAGCGCUUUCAGAUCUCAAGCAUACAAAUCUAAUCUCUAUCAUUGGAUUUUGCGAUGAGAAAGAUGAGAAGAUCAUCAUAACCACGUAUGAGGCCAACGGAAGUCUCCAAGAGCAUCUAAACAGCCCAAAUCUCACAUGGACGCAAAGAUUGAGGAUAAGUGUUGGCGUGGCUCGUGCGUUGAGUUACCUCUAUUAUGAUAAAGGGCGCAGUUAUGGUGUUAUACAUCGUAACGUAAACUGCUCCACAAUUUUAUUAGAUGAAAACUGGGAAGCCAAGUUAUCUGGUUUUGAAAUUUCCAUCAAACAAUCGCUUAACCGAAUGGAUCAGGUCGUCCUUUCUGAACCUAUUGGCACAAUAGAGUAUUUGGACCCAGAAAUUGGAAAGACUAAAGGUGUGACCUGCAAGUCAGAUAUCUACGCAUUCGGUGUCGUUUUAUUCGAAAUAUUGUGUGGGAGGAGAGCAUACGUUAAAAACGAGGCUAAUAGGUUUCUCAAUCAAUUGGUCAAAUCUCACUAUGAAAACGAAACAUUACAUGAUAUAAUCCAUCCUGCUUUGAGGAAUCAAAUGUCCAGGAAUCAAAUGUCUCUAAUAUCACUCAGAAAAUACUCAAAAAUGGCAUAUUCUUGCUUAAAGAAAGAGCGAGCACACCGCCCAGAUAUACUCAUGAUUGUUGAUGAACUUGAGAAAGCAUUAGAGAAAGCAUUAAAGUUUCAACCGCGACCUGAAAAUUUUGGAAAGAACUUGGAACACAUGAAGAUCCGGCUUGAUGAUAUAAAGUUAGCUACCCAUGGUUUUUCGGACACAUACAAAACUGCAAUUGGUGAUUACUAUACUUGGUACAGAACAGAGCUCAACCAUUUUAAAAAGGAAAAACCUUCCUUUAUAGAAGGGAAGAGUAAAAGUGAACUGCCCAAAAGAGACAACGCUGUAGUUAUAAAACGCUUCCUUCCAACAAAUGACGAGCAUGAAGAAGAAUUAUUUUUUACAGAACUUGAAGUGCUUACUAGUGUUAAACAUCACAACAUAGUCACUCUAUUAGGAUUUUGUGUUGAAGGUUUUGAGAUGAUACUUGUCACAGAGGAUUUUUCUAAUGGAUUCCUUGAUGACUAUUUGGGUAACGUCAAAAACAUGCUUACUUUGACUUGGGAAAAACGAUUGAAAAUAUGCAUUGAUCUUGCACACGCAUUAUAUUACCUUCAUUCUAUGGCGGAAGACAAAAAAAUGAUAAUACACAGUAAUAUAAAUAGCAAUAGAUUUGGGUUGGAUGAGAAUUGGGUGGCAAAGAUUGAAGACUUUCAGUUGGCGGUAUUCCUGCCUCAUAAUCAAAAGGACGAAGUUCUAUGCAAAAGAACACAUUUUGAGUCAAAGUACCAUGUGGACCCAGAAUAUGCAAAGACCGGUAAGCCAAAAAGAGAGUCAGAUGUGUAUAGCUUUGGAGUAGUUUUGUUUGAGAUUCUAUGUGGAAGGCAUGCACACGACCAAAAUUACCUCAAGGAAAGUGAGAAAGGCCUCGUUCAUGUGGCAAGACAAAACUUUUGCAAUGGAACAAUAGAAGACAUGAUAGAUCCUACAUUAAGAGAAGAAACAAGUACAAAGAGUUAUAUUCUAGACAGAGGAGCCAACAAAGAUUCUUUGCACACAUUUUUAAAAGUUGCGAACCAGUGUGUGACAGAGACUCAAGACCAACGUCCAACAAUGAAAGUGGUUCUCGACGAACUUGAGAAAGCAUUGAUCCUUCAAGUAAAUCAGGAGGAGCGAGUACAACAAUUGGGUAACGACCAAGUACUCAACGAACUUGAGACAGCAACACAUGAAAAUCCUGUAAAAAACUUGGAACACUUGAAGAUUAACUUGGAACACUUCAAGAUUCCUCUAACUCAUAUUCAAUCAGCAACCAAUGAUUUCUCAAAGGAAUACAUAAUUGCAUCUUUCUCGGAAGGCUAUAAAAUCUACAGAGCAGAACUCCAGCAUUAUGAUAAAGAAAAUCAUUCAUCCAAGAGACACAGUACCGUACUUAUAAAACGCUACCCUUCUAGACAUGCAGAUUACGGAGAAAAAGAGUUUCUUACAGAAAUUGAAUUUCUUACCAGUGGAGUUAAGCAUCCCAACUUAGUCACGCUACUUGGAUUUUGUUAUGAAGCUUCUGAGAUGAUCCUUGUCAUUGAAAAUUUUUCUAAUGGAUUCCUUGGUGAUUGUUUGAUUAAUGUCAACAAUAAAUAUUUUCUUACUUGGGAAAAACGUUUGAAAAUCUGCAUCCAUGUUGCACACGCAUUAAUGUACAUGCAUUAUGAGAUAGAAGACCAAAAGAUGGUAAUAAACCGUGAUAUAAACUGCUACAACAUUGGGUUGGAUGAGAACUGGGGUGCAAAGAUUAUUGACUUUUGGUGGUCCGUGUUUCUGCCUCCAAAUCAAGAAGACGAAGCUCUCUAUCCCAAAUAUAAUGGCAGACGUUACUAUGUAGAUCCAGAAUAUAACAUGACGCGUAAGUUAAAAAGAGAAUCAGAUGUUUAUGGGUUUGGAGUAAUUUUGUUUGAGAUUCUAUGUGGUAGGUUAGUCGAUGACCCGAUGUACCUUAAGGACAGUGACAAAGGGCUGGCCUUCGUGGCAAGACAAAACUUCUGCACCAGAACACUAGAGGACAUGCUAGACCCAAUAUUAAAGGAAGAAACUAAUGAAAACAAUUUUGUUCUAAAUAGAGGACCAAACAAGGAAUCUUUGCUCACGUUUAUUGAAAUUGCCCACAAGUGUGUAGCAGAAACUCAAGACCAACGCCCAACAAUGAAAGUUAUAGUCAAGGAACUUGAGAAAGCAUUUUUUUUUCAAAAAAACAACAAGGACAACCCAAAAAUGUCACUUGAAGACAUUAAACGGGCGACGGAAAACUUCAGUAAUGACAACUGUAUCGGGGGAGGAGGAUUUGGGAAAGUAUAUAAAGGGAACCUUCAAGAUGGUGAUGGAUUUAAUACCAUUGUUGCAAAGCGAUUGGAUACGAGGUCCGGGCAAGGGGAACAACAAUUCUUGAGUGAGCUUCAAAUUCUUUUGAAUUAUAAGCACGAAAAUGUCAUUGGUCUUGUAGGAUACUGUGAUGAAAAUGAUGAAAAAAUCAUUAUCUAUGAGUAUGCCUCCCAAGGAAGUCUUGAUAGGUAUUUGAAUGAUGCUUCUCUUACAUGGGUGAAAAGACUUAAUAUAUGCAUUGAUGUUGCAAGCGCGUUAUAUUUUUUUCACGGAGGAGUUGGAAAACAAGCAAGGGUGAUACAUAGAGACAUCAAAUCUGCUAACAUUUUACUAAACCGUGAUUGGAAAGCGAAACUUGCUGAUUUUGGGCUUUCUUUAAUAUGUCCAUUAAUUCAAGAAAUGGACUAUGUCAUCGAUCAUGCGUGUGGAACCAUCGGAUACUUGGACCCACUUUACAAAAAAUCAGGAUUCCUAACCAUAGAAUCCGAUAUUUAUUCGCUUGGUGUUGUUUUAUUUGAGAUUUUGUGUGGGAGAUCCACAUAUGCAAUCAAGAAACAUGAGGGUCACUAUCUACCAGAGUUCGCUAAAAACAAAUUUGAGAACGGAAAACAUGAUGAGGUGGUGUUCGAGCAAAUAAGGGAACAAAUCAAGCCAAACUCGUUAACUACAUUCCAAAAGAUUGCCUAUCGUUGCUUACAUCAUGAAAGAGAAAAACGACCGACAACCAAAGAAAUUUUAAUGCAUCUUAAGAAAGCAUUAACAUUUCAAAACAUGGCAUCAACAAUGACCAAGUUUGCUCACUUGCAAAUCCCACUUGAAGAUGUAGUAAAGGCCACUAACAACUUUCAUCAUGAUAACAUCACGAGACACAGUGGAGUUGGUACUACAUAUAAAGGACGACUCUUGCGGUUUGGAAAGGAGAUAGAUAUUGCUGCACGGAGGUUUGAUUGUAAGAACGGGGAAGGAGAACUCGAGUUCUUGACAGAAAUUUCUGUGCUUUCUGAUCUCAAACAUAAAAAUCUGGUCUCUAUCAUUGGGUUCUCUGACGAGAAAGAUAAGAAGAUCAUCAUAACCAUGUAUGGGGCCAAUGAAAGUCUCGGGCAAUAUCUAAACAGCCCGAACCUCACAUGGAAGCAAAGAUUAAGGAUAUGUGUAGGUCUGGCUCAUGCAUUGAAUUACCUCCAUUAUGAGGAGGAACGUGAUUAUGCUAUUAUACAUUGUAACAUAACUAGCGACUCAAUUCUAUUGGACGAGAAUGGGGAAGCCAAGUUAUCCGGUUUUGAGAUUUCCAUAAAACAAUCAGUAAACUACAAGGACCAGGUGUACCCUUGUGAACACAUUGGCACAAUGGGGUUAUUGGACCCAGCAAUUGAAAGAACGGGAGGUGUGACCCACAAAUCGGACAUCUACUCAUUCGGUGUUGUUUUAUCCGAAAUAUUGUGCGGAAGGAAAUCAUUAAUUCAGAACAAAGCUGAUAGGUCUCUAGCUCAGUUGGUCAAGUAUCAUUUUGAAAUGGGAACAUUGCAUGAUAUAACCUAUCCUCAUAUAUUAACUCAAUUAUUGUCUUCCCAAUCACUCCUCAUUUACUCAAACCUAGUAUAUUCUUGCUUAAAUGAUGAUCCAGCAAGCCGCCCAUCUAUGCCCAAUAUUGUGGCUAAACUAGAGAAAGCAUUGGAACUUCAAUUGCAUCGUGAAAAUAUUGAAAAGAAGUGGAAACACUUGAAGAUUAGUCUCAGUGAUAUUAAAUUAGCAACCCAUGAUUUCUCAAGGACAUACGAAAUUGCAUCUUGGGAUGACGAAUGCACUUUGUACAGAGUAGAACUUGACCACUUUGAUGAAGAGGGGAAGGACAAAGGAGUACAUCCAAAGGUACACAACACAGUAGUUAUAAAACGGUACCCCUCUGGACAUAACCUAUACGGAGAAGAAGAGUUUUUAACAGAAAUCGAGAUGCUUACCGGUGUUAAGCAUCCCAACAUAGUCAAUCUGCUUGGGUUUUGUGUUGAGGGUUCUGAGAUGAUCAUUGUCACUGAGAAUGUUUCUAAUGGAUACCUAGAUGAUUAUUUGGAAAAUGUAAAUGUUAUGUGUAUAUUGACAUGGGAAAAGCGUUUGAACAUAUGCAUUGAUGUUGCACAUGCAUUGAGGUACCUUCACUUUGAGAUGGAAGACCAAAAGAUGAUAAUAAACCGUGAUAUAUGUAGCUACAACAUUGGGUUUGAUGAGAACUGGGGGGCAAAGAUUGUUAACUUUUGGUGGUCUGUAUUCUUGCCUUCAAAUCAAGAAGACGGAGUUCUCUAUCCCAAUAUACGUAUUGGCAGAAAACCCUACAGAGAUCCACAGUAUGAGAAAACUGGUAAGUUAAAAAGAGAAUCAGAUGUUUAUUGUUUUGGAGUAGUCUUGCUUGAAAUUCUGUUUGGGAGAGCAAUCAAUGACCCAAUUUACCUGAAGGAGACUGACAAGGGGUUGGUCCCAAUAGCAAGAUCAAACUUUGGCACAGAAACACUAGAGGACAUGAUAGAUCCUAUACUAAAGGAAGAAGUCAGUGUAAACAAUUUCGAUCUAAGUAGAGAACCCAACAAGGAUUCUUUGCAUACAUUCAUAAACAUUGCAUAUCAAUGUGUGGCAGAAACUCAAGAUCAACGUCCUACAAUGAAAGUCGUUGCCAAGGAACUUGAGAAAGCAUUAUCAUUUCAAAUUGAUGGAAGUACAAGCAAGAAGCGGGGUAUUUACAGUUGGGAAGAAAAAGUUGAAGACCAGAAUGACACCCUUGGCUAAAGCUAAACCCGCUCAAGCAAUAAAGUUGACUUUGUGGUCAAAAUCCCGUACUUGAAUCAAACCAGAAUUAGUUGAAGUCUAAGUUUGUUUAAUGAACCAGAAGUAGUUGAAGUCUAAGUUUGUUUGAUGAUA